ACGUGGAUCCCGGCACAUGUUGACGCUCGUAUAGUGGCGAGAGAGAAAGAGCGUAGCAAAGACACACGGCGACCCACGGCCACGGCGAAUGGGUGCAUCUACUCCAUGGAGUAAGUGUGUGUCGAAGCUUACAAGGCGGGGUCCUCACUGAGUUGGAGAUAGAAGCCUACUUUCGUGGCAGGUGCUGAUUUUGAUCACAAAUAGUGGAGAUGCAGUCCCAGGGCAGCACUUCCUCCCAACCCUCCUUUGACUCCCUCAGCUCCAGCGACAGCCUCCUGUUGAGCGACUCCGAGGACGCUGACGUCUUCCUGACGGACAGCUCCACCUCAGCCAUCCUCGACGGAGUGGGCGGCUCGUCCGCCCACGCCGGCCGGGCAUCAGAGAGCCCCGGGUCCCAGUGGGCGUGCGACGGCUUCACCGACAAAGACGAAGAGGAGGAGGCGGCGUUUGGGAUGGGGAGCAAGGCGGCCCGCGAUGCUCGUCCUGCGGGUCAGGUUCCCAAAUCGCAGGGCGAUCUCCUGUUUGCUCAGAAGUGUGCUGAGUUGCAGGGUUUUGUCAGACCUCUGAUGGAGCUGCUGAAUGGACUAAAGAAGGGCCGAUUUGACCGUGGUCUGAGUAGUUUCCAGCAGAGCGUCGCCAUGGAUCGGAUCCAGAGGAUCGUGGGUGUUUUACAGAGACCAAACUGCGGGGAGAAGUAUCUCAACACUCUCCUCCAGGUGGAGAUGAUGCUGAAGCUUUGGUUUCCUCACAUCGCAAGUCAGCCGGUGUCGUCCGCCUCCAGCGUGGCCUCAUCCCCCGCCCGCUCCCUCCAAGACGUACCCGGCACCAUGCCGCCGCACAAGCACAGGGAUCAGUUGCAUAUUCCCGUCAAGAAACGCAGACUCAGCUGGACAGGGACAGACUCUCCAACGCCGUCUCCAGGGCUCCCAAAGUGUCCUCGCCUCAGUCCAGAAGAGAAAAAGACAAAGGAGCAAGGUGAUGAUGAUGAUGAAGAGGGGGAAGAAGAAGAAGGCAGCCGCCCUCCGCCUUCGUCACUGGCUUCACCCGACAUGAGCGGCGACACUAAGGGAAGCGGUGACGGCGAGUUCAAAGCGGGUCAAGGGUCCGAGCCCAGCCUCACGUGGAUGCACGUCGCUCCCAUCCUGUCCCCGCGCAAGACCUGUCCGUCACGUGAGGGGACACCGGCGAUGGCGGCGGCCAGCAGCGAAGACCAGCUGGUCCCGGCCGGCGGCAGGGGCAGCCCGGCCACGCAGGACAGCUCCGUCUCCUCCACCACGCCCUCCAAGCACACCAAGAAUCUCAAGAAAGCCACCCGGUGCCAAAGCCAGCCUGCCGCCGAGCAACAAAGCGAGACGAAGAGCUGCCAAGCGCAAAGCCAGUCCAGCCACACCGACGUGAAGCCUUUGACCCGGGCGUGUCGCCCCACCCCCUUGGAGACCUGAGAACCCGCAGCCUCACUUUGCUGCACCUCCGGGCUUCGUGCGGCGAGAGUUAAGACAGGACAGAAGAAGAGAAUAAUCACAAUUCUUUAAAAAUAAAAUUCAAAAAAUCAAGCAAAUGAUGAACGGAUCGAGACAACCAACAAACUCUUGUAGCGCGUUUGUCACAUGUAAGCAAUCACGGACCACUUCCUGUCAAGAGAGGAAGUAACUGACUGACCAUGAUGAUGAUGAUGAUGAGGACGGAGCCGCUGUUGCUUGCCGUUAGAUGGGGGGGUGAAAAAAGCGAUCGAGUGUACAGUACAGGACGUGUGGUGCGUUUAGAGGCAUUGCAGACGGUGGGAGGAGAAACAAACGAUGUCAUCAACUCACGAAUGUAAGCUGAGAAGAGCUCGGCUGGCGGGGGAGCAACGCCGCAGUUAAUUUAUUCGUAUGUUGAUCUGACACUGCAUUUAUUUAUUCUUUGUAUUUAUUUAUUGGGCAGCUGAAUAUCGCCGCACACACACACGGUGAGGCCAUCAACCUUUGUUUUUUAUAUACGGUAUAUUAUUAUUAUUAUUAUUAUUAUUAGUGACAUUGUUGACAGGUGUGUGUUUUUUUAUCAUUUUGAGGGCAAACAAUGUAAAGGAAAUGUUUUGAUUGAACUGUUGGACUACUGUGCCUUUUACCAAAUAGGAUGUGUUUUGUUGUUGGAUUUGUCUUUUUUUUCAAAGGAAUAAUUGGUGCUUUCAGAGCAUUUUUGCUGCAUUUUGAUUGUUUGCUUGCAUUGGACACAUUCAGUAAUCACUCAGUAGUCAUUCGUACCUUUCAUCGAGCAUCACAUGAGAUCAUUCUAUCUGCCAAUCACGUAUUCUCACGCAACAUCAACACACACAGGCUUUUCCGCUAGCCUUUUCUUUUUCUCCUCUCGGUUCCGACCCGAAUCCAGGGAACCGUGCGGAGCUGCACUCGAGGCUGGUGCACUGAAAAAAACAAAAACAAACUUGAAACCACAACUCGGAAUGGAAACAUUCGUGAGGAAAUGUUGCACCGCCAUCCUCUCACUGCUGCUAUUCUGCAUUUGUAACGCCGGCCUAAAUGAUAGGAGGUUCAUUUUGACGUUGAAAAAUGUAGGAGGGGCGAUUGAAAAUAAUGACGACUUAAUGCAAAAGUGUUCUAAAUAUUUCUACUGAACUAUUUUUCAAUUUGUAUGAGUGGGUCAUACGUGUAUUUACAUGGAGGGAGGAGGUAGCAGGAAAAGCACCACAGAGCCAUGCGACCACUUAUUAUAGUUGUUUUUUUUUUUUCAUUUUUAACAAUUUUAUUUCAUUAAUUUUUGUUUUGUUUUCCAUUUGUUUUUGAUUUUUGUUUUAUUAUGUAAUGUAUUUUUCUUGUCCUUUGAAACUAUAGCAUUCAUUAAAAAAGUGACAUGUUUUAUUUUUAGCUUUAUUCAAUUUUUCUCUUUGUUUUAUGGACAUUUCUUUGAUUGUGUUGGACUGAGGUGGUUGGAUGCACCAGAUGCUGACUCUCCAGAGCGUGUGUGCGUGUGAGGGUGGGAGUGUGGUGGGGUCCACUUCCACUCCGCCCCUCUUUUUUCUACGGCCAUGGUGUGACCAAUUGCACAUAUUUUUUUGGUUUUCCACGUACGUUUUCUACUUCAUUGACCGUGGUUGGAAGGAUUUGGGAGUUUGUGGUAGCCUGCCUUCUUCUACUUCCACUGUUAAACUGUACCCCCCCCCACCCAUCACCACCACACUUGUCUUUGCCCUUGCUUGACCCCCCUCCCGUCCUUCAAUCUUAGUAUCUUUGUUUUCUUCCACUAAACUCUUCACUUGUUAACUCUUCUGGCUACUUUUUUCAAUAAUCGUACAACAAAAGGAUUUUUAAAAAAACAAUAAAUGACACAUUUUUUAAAAUCUGAAUUGUUUCAUUGGAUUUUUGUUUAUUGCUUUCUUAAAAUAUGUUUUGUAUUUUUGUACGGAUUGUAGAAAAGCAGCUCUUACUAAACAGAUGUGUGGCUCCACGGGGGUGCAGAUUUAGAGGAUGUACAUUUUGAAGUGUGCGUGUGUGUAGGUGGGGGGGGGGGACAGGGUGCGAGCCUUCAGCCUCGCUAAUCUGACUGGCACAAGAAGGGGUGGUGCAGUGUUUGAUCCUCCUACCAGCUGCUGAAACAGAGGACAAACACGACUCCAUUCUAACGUGUGUGUUCCAUACGGCCGAGUAUCAGGGCCACGUUGGGGAACAUAACACAAAAAAUCUGAGAUUUCGAGAAAAAAGUUGUAAAUUUAUGAGAAAAAAAAGACGUAAUAUUACCUUUGCCUAAGGCCAAAGGUCACAUUAAAUCCACCCCCUUUCAUAGCUGUCUCAGGCAAUGCCUGUUACGAUGGAAGAUUAAAAUAAUCUGAGAUUUUGAGAAUAAAGUCGUACAUUUACGAGAAUAAAGUUGUAAAUUUGAAAAAAAGUUGUAAUUUACGACUAUGAGACUUUAUGUAUGACUUGUACAUUUAUGAGAAAAAAGUUGUAAAUUUACGAGAAAUAAACACACACAAAAGUUUUGACUUUAUGACUUGAUAAAAUAAGUCGUAAAUUUAUGACAAAAAUGUAAUACAUUUACAAGAAAAAAGUGAUUCUUUUUCUAAAAAAAAAAAGUCAUAAUAUUACCUUUGCCCAAAGCCAAAGGUCACAUAAGUCCACCCUUUUCAUAGCUGUCUCAGGCAAUGAUUGUUACGGAGUAUUAAAAUAAUAAGAAGAAGAUUUCAAGAAGAAAGCCAAAAAUUUACGAGAAUGAAGUCUUUACGUGGAGAAAAGUCAUCAUUUUAUGAGAAUAAAGUUGUAAAUUUAUAAGAAAAAAAAGUUGUAAAUUCACAAGAAAAAAAACAACGUAAAUUUAGGAUAAAAAAUGUUGUAAGAGUACGCAUAAGUCCCCCUUUUUCAUAGCUGUCUCAGGCAACGCCUGUUAAGAGUAUUAAAAUAAUCUGAGAUUUUGAGAAUUCUCGUAAAUUUAUGAGAAAAAAAUGGUAACUUUAUGUUACAGGCACUGACUGAGACAGCUACGAAAAGGGGGGACUUACGUGACCUUUGGCCUUGAGCAUGUGGAGGGGGCGGGGUAAGGAAGGCCUAGCUCCUAGGGUAAAGAAGGGCUAGCUAGCCAUGCUAAUCUGUUUUGCUGCCAGGUUGUAAAUAAAAGCUUGCCUGAAGCAAGAGGAAAGUUUCCUUCCUUCCUGAAGAGCUAUGCUCUAUUUUCCCUCUCACACGUACGACACCAUCACUCCUCAUAUUAACACUUUAUUCUCCUAAUAUUACCACUUUUUCUCGUAAAUUUCUGACUUUAUUCUUGUAAAUUUACGACUUUAUUCUUGAAAUCUCUGACUAACUUGACUUGCAAAGCGAUGGGGUCGAGGCGGGGCGCUUAUUAGGAUGGCAG